AUGCAAUCCGUGCUUCCCUACACCACGAACCCGGCGCAGAUAGGGUCAAUCGAGAAGCUCAAGCUCAUAAACCCCUCCUCAGCAGCUGCGACCGGGCCGUAUGUGAAUGUGCGGGAUCCGAAACUGGUCGUCGGAGGGCUUCUGCACAACUGGGAUGCAGAAGCGGCGCACGCGCUUCUUAACGCUCCAAAGUCCGUGCAGACGUGGGACUUGUCUUGGACGGAAGACGAGACGAACUGGGAAGAGCGGGUGCACCGCUGCACCUACCCAGAGGAGGUAGAGGAUCUACUGCCGGCAAAGUGGAUCGGCUACCGUGUCCAGAGCGAUGUGGAUGAGACCCUGGCGCGCGUUUGCAAGUUGUGCACGGCGCUGGUGGACAGGCUCGUUUCGCUCUCGCAGGGCAACAACGCGAACGUGUCCACUGCUAAGUGGCGCCAGCGUCAGGCUCUGUAUGACAGACUCGGCGCCGUGAUGGAGCUACUGGAAGCGUCCGUUGGCGAAGCGAUCCCCAUUCUGAAGCUGAAGGACCCAGAGUUCAUCCAAAACUGCUGGCGCCAGAUGCAGGAUGAUGAGCGAGUAGAAAUUAUAUCUGUCCUGGGGACCAAAGAGUACGACUAG